AUGGCCCACAGGAAAGCGCCUCUUAUGGCUCUUUCUCCUAUCUUCACAGGCAAGUACUCCCUUCUGAUCUGCUCUUCAUUGUCCCGACUAACAUUUCACUGGCAGGACCCAGCCACGCCGGCAGACUUAGGGCAUUCGAGACCUGGCCCCACAGGAAAGCGCCUCUUGUCACAGGAUGGAAUGAACCUGGACUGGGCUGGAUGUCGUUGUGCGAGGGAGGCUGCAUGGUGUGUCGAGGUUCACGGGCUGCUCUUGGGAUUGCUUGGUUGA